AAGCUAAAGUGGCCAUCGUGAUAACUGAGAGUGCAACGUAUGCGGAUGUUUGUCAUAAUAACGUUCGAAGAAGUUUAUCUUUGCUAGGUUAUAAAUGUAAACUUAUUUUAUUUAUAUUUUACCAUAAAUAAUGAGUAUAUUGCCAUUCCACAAUGAAAUAUAUUAAGAUAUAAGUAAUAUAAACAAUGUGACAGAUUACCUAAAGAGUUGAUUAUUAAUAGCUAAGCAAUAGUCUAGUAAAUUAUAUAUAACUUUUGUGGAAGGAACCGAGUCGAAAAUACCUGUGUCCACGUCGCGACCACAAUUGGGCGGGCCGAUUGACGUGGACAAUUUUUAAAACAAUCAAAUUUUUAACUAGUUUUUUGAGCGAUGAACUAUUGUUAAAUUAUACACUCAGGUGGUUAAAUUGUGAAUAUUUAAAAAAUUUGUGAAGCAACUUAGAUGAACUUAACGUAUCAUGAAAAACCAAAAAUAUUUACCAUAAAAUAUUUAUUUACUACCUGAGAAGUCACGAAACCUCAUUUAAUGACAAAAAUAAGAUAAAAAAACGACAUAUUUUAUCAAGUUUUUAAUAUCAUAAACAAGCAACUACAAUGUUCCGAUCCAAAAUUCGUAUUCACACUUGUCGAGUGAUACUUCUAACUUCUCUAGUAUGGUUUUUAGUAGACGUAAUGAUACUCAUGUUUUACUCAGAUUGUAUUGGUAAAUCUGGAUGGGGAUGUUCUGACAAUAAAGUAACAGAUCUCGCAGAAAGUUCAUCUCGUGCUGACAAUUUAAUAAGUAAUGAAAUUAAAACUACUAAUAAUUAUGAUCAUAGACGAUAUAAACAAUCAGAAUUGCAACUAUGGCGACCAGCAAAAGUAAUAAGAGAAAAUAAAGGAAGUCCUGGAGAAUUAGGAACAGCAGUUCGAAUUCCACCAGAAAAUGAAGCAAAACAACAAGAACUCUUCAAAUUGAAUCAAUUUAAUCUUAUGGCAACGGAUAUGAUUUCAUUGAAUCGUUCAUUAAAAGAUAUCAGAUUAGAAGGAUGUAAAAACAAAAAGUAUCCUAAGUACUUACCCACAACAAGUAUUGUAAUUGUUUUCCAUAAUGAAGCUUGGAGCACAUUACUUCGUACAGUCUGGUCUGUUAUCAAUAGAUCACCUAGAUCAUUAUUAAAAGAAAUAAUUCUCGUUGAUGAUGCCAGCGAGCGAGAACAUUUGAAACAAGAUCUUGAAAAUUAUAUAAGUACGUUACCUAUUCCGACGUACGUUUUACGUACCGGAAAACGAUCUGGGUUAAUUAGGGCCAGACUAUUAGGAGCUAAGCAUGUGAAAGGGCAAGUAAUAACAUUUCUUGACGCUCAUUGUGAAUGUACAGAAGGUUGGCUUGAGCCAUUAUUAGCAAGAAUUGUUGAGAAUCGAUCAACUGUAGUCUGCCCGAUAAUAGACGUUAUUAGUGAUGAUACAUUUGAAUAUAUUACUGCGAGUGAUAUGACAUGGGGAGGCUUUAAUUGGAAACUGAAUUUUAGAUGGUAUCGAGUAGCUCAAAGAGAAAUGGAUCGGCGUAAUGGAGAUCGCACCGCACCAUUACGAACCCCUACAAUGGCAGGUGGUCUCUUUUCUAUUGAUAAAGAAUAUUUUUAUGAAAUUGGAGCGUAUGAUGAAGGAAUGGAUAUUUGGGGAGGUGAAAACCUUGAAAUGAGUUUUAGAGUAUGGCAAUGUGGUGGUACUUUAGAAAUCAGCCCAUGUUCACACGUAGGUCAUGUAUUUCGUGACAAGAGUCCAUAUACAUUCCCAGGUGGCCUCAGCAAGAUCAUACUUCGGAACACUGGUAGAGUAGCUGAGGUCUGGUUGGAUGAGUGGAGAGAAUUUUACUAUUCCAUGAACCCAGGUGCUAGAAGUGUCCCAGUGGGUGAUGUAUCUGAGCGUGUAAAAUUACGUGAAAAAUUGAAGUGUAAAAGCUUCAGAUGGUACUUAGAAAACAUUUAUCCAGAAUCUCCUAUGCCUUUGGAUUACUAUUACUUAGGUGAUAUUAAAAAUUUAGAAAUGCGCAAUUGCUUAGAUACAAUGGGAAGGAGAACAGGAGAGAAUGUUGGGUUGAGUUAUUGUCAUGGUCUUGGUGGUAAUCAGGUGUUUGCCUACACCAAGCGACAACAAAUAAUGUCAGAUGACAUGUGCCUUGAUGCGGCAAGCCCUCAAGGCCCUGUUAAAAUCGUUCGUUGUCACGGGAUGGGAGGAAAUCAGGCGUGGUCUUAUAAUGAAGAGACAAAAAUGAUUAGGCAUACAAACACCGGACAUUGUCUAUCGGUGCCUCAAACAGGAGAAGAUGUAACAACACCGAUUUUGACACCAUGUGACGCUCACAAUUCGAGCCAAAAGUGGAUAAUGGCUAGUAAAUUCAAAUGGCAAGCUAGCUAAUAUCAGGUAGCUUACAUAGACAAAAAUAUUACUCAACACUUGUUAAUAUAUUUAUUAAAUUCUAACUUGCCGACUGACUCUAAAAGAGCUUUGGAAACCAGGUGAAUGAAAAUCUAAAAUAGUCUUAGGUCUGUCCGGAAAUAGUCAAAAUUAACUAAAAUUUUUAAUGUUUUAUUGAGUCAAUAAGCUUUAUCAGUAUAUUAAUAUUACAAAUAUAUGAAAAAAAAAAAAAAAAAAAAAAAAAAAAAAAAAAAUAAUUGACUACAGUAUGAAUUAACUACUGCCAUUUCUCAUGGUGAACAAGGAGUCUUUAAUUUAAAGAAAUAUAAACUGCAGUUACUGUUAAUAAAGAUUUCAAUAAUUAAAAGUGCUAGAGUGUAAGUAAAUGGUUGUUGAACCAUGAAAAUUAAAGCAUAUCAAACAUCUGUUAAGAAUAAAUAAUUGUUACUACACGGAAAAAAAUAGAUGACAAAUAAUAAUUUAUUAUUGAUGAAUCGCAGGGAAUAAGUGCAAUUUUUAUAAAAAAAAAAAUUCUUUAAUAUAAAAAAUAUACAAACGCAAUAGCAUCGUAAGUGUCUAAGCUAUGAUCGAUCGAAUGUUUUUGAAUGCAAUGACGAGUUAACUAAUUUUAUUUAUUAGAUUAUAGCGAUUUAUGUAAACUUUAUUAGAGUAUAAGAAAACGGAUUAAAUUAUUUUAUACUGUUAAAAAAGUUUAAAAUUAAAAAAAAAAUUUAGUAAAUGAACAUUGGGUCGUGUUGCUGCAAUCUAUACGAAAAAUAAUUUUUUCAAAUACAAAAAAGACUGUACUUAUUCUCCAAAUUCGCUAUUGUGAUUUCAGAUUACUAUUAGCCAAUAUCGAGCUUACGCGUUUACGCUACGAAAUCUCUAGAAAUGUUUUUAUUUUACGAAACUCAGUCUAUUUUACAAAACUCAGUCUAUUUUACAAAACUCAAUCUAUUUAAAGAAAAUUUAUAAUUACUCUAUUUUACACUCUUUAUAAUUAUUUUUUAUUCUGAAAGUUAUAAAUAUUCAUUCUCUAUAGUUGUUAUAUGUUCAUUAUUUUUUUCAAUCGUGUGAAUAUGAAUUUUUCUGAGUGAGUUAUUCUUUAUUCAAUAUUACAAUAAAAUAUUGUGAUUGUUGGUUAUUUUGUUUUUUCUUUGAUGAUACAUUGGUUCUUAACUACUGUCGUUAUAUCUCAUUGGUGCAUAAUCAUUAUUUGAGAUCA